UCGUUUCCCCAUCACUUCCGGGCUGAUAACAAGGGCCGUUGAUGCCCGCAGAUUUUCAUUACAAUAUCUUAGUUUAAUAAAUACAUUGGCGCCAUAGCUGUGAUGUUUUGGGAGUGAUAUUGUCACAAAGCCUACAAAUGAGGUUGGUGUAUUGACGAAAUUCUUCCAAGAGACGCAGGAAUAGCGGAUGAUGAAGAGGUGAGCUGACUAAAACCAAGCUGUCUGUCAGUCCAUCCAUCAAGCGGAUCUAUCAGAGGAACCACCAGUGCAUGAGAAGGAACACAAUCUGUUUUCGAAAGAAGUGUUGGGGUGUAUCCCUCACACUUCCUGCCCCACCCACCUCAACAGACUCCACCCCGUGACCCUUGAUCCCUGACAUCCAAGAUGAAACUAAAAGAGGACAUGAACCCACUGCUGCUGCAGGUCUUCCGCUCGGUUGUCUGGGUCUACUCUGUCAUCACCUUCCUGCCCUGGUACCUGCUCUCGGGCGCAGGAGCCAACCUAGACCGGGCGCGGCGGGUCAAGGCACGGUCAGUGAGCGGUCGCCCGGCGGGCCCUUACCGGGCGACCAACCAUGAGGAUGGUAGCCAGCAGAAGCUGGUGUCUUCCUUGCACCCAGGAGUGGACACCCUGGACAAGGUGAUGGAGCAUGGAGCGACCAGGUUCCCAGAGAGGAACUGCCUGGGCACGAGAGAGGUGCUGAGCGAGGAGGACGAGCUCCAACCCAAUGGGAAGGUCUUCAAGAAGGUGAUCCUGGGGGAGUAUCAGUGGAUGUCGUAUGAGGAGACCUACCAGGCAGCAGUGUGUUUUGGCAGUGGACUGGCCGCGCUGGGCCAGAGGCCUCAGUGUAACAUCGCCAUCUUCUGUGAGACCAGGGCCGAGUGGAUGAUAGCAGCACAGGCCUGCUUCAUAUACAACUUCCCAUUGGUGACGUUGUACUCUACUCUGGGCGGAGCGGCCAUUGCCCACGGUUUGAACGAGACUGAGAUCACCCACAUCAUCACCAGCAAAGACCUGCUACACAGCCGUCUCAAGGACAUUCUGUUGGAGGUGCCUCGGCUGCAGCACAUCAUCGUGGUGGACAGUAAGCCAACCAGUUGGCCUGGCUUCCCCCGCGGCAUCAUGGUCCACAACAUGGACGCCGUGCAAGAGCUGGGCUCCAGACCCGACAACAUGGCGGUGGCGCGCCGGCGGCCCGUGCCCUCUGACAUCGCUGUAAUCAUGUACACCAGCGGCUCCACGGGCAUCCCCAAGGGCGUCAUGAUCUCCCAUAGCAACAUCAUCGCGGGCGUCACAGGCAUGGCAGAGCGCAUCCCAGACCUGGAUGAGACAGACACCUACAUUGGGUACCUGCCACUGGCCCAUGUUCUGGAGCUGAGUGCAGAGAUGGUGUGUAUCUCUCACGGCUGUUGCAUCGGAUACUCCUCCCCACAGACGCUAGCAGACCAGUCCACUAAGAUUAAGAAGGGCAGUAAAGGAGACACCAGUGUUCUAAAACCUACACUCAUGGCUGCUGUACCAGAGAUCAUGGAUCGGAUCUAUAAGAAUGUGAUGACCAAGGUGGAGGAGAUGAGCAGUGUGCAGAGAACCCUCUUUGUGUUGGCCUACAACUACAAGAUGGAACAGAUCACCAAGGGCUACAAGACCCCGCUCUGUGACAGUCUGGUGUUUAGGAAAGUGCGCUCGUUGUUGGGGGGUCACAUGAGGGUGCUGUUGUCUGGUGGAGCGCCCCUCUCCGCUGCCACCCAGCGCUUCAUGAACAUCUGCCUCUGCUGUCCCGUGGGCCAGGGCUACGGCCUCACCGAGACCUGCGGAGCUGGCACCAUCAGCGAGAUGUGGGACUACAGCACAGGCCGGGUCGGCGCUCCUCUGAUCUGCUCCGAGAUCACCCUCAAGGACUGGGAGGAGGGCGGUUACUACAGCACAGACAAGCCACACCCGAGAGGGGAGAUUGUAAUCGGCGGGCCCAACGUGACUAUGGGUUACUACAAGAACGAGGUGAAGAACCGCGAGGACUUCUUCGUGGACAGCAACGGCCAGCGCUGGUUCUGUACAGGAGACAUCGGGGAGUUUCACCCAGACGGGUGCCUCAAGAUUAUCGAUCGUAAGAAGGAUCUGGUGAAGCUCCAGGCUGGGGAGUAUGUGUCUCUGGGGAAGGUGGAGGCCAUGCUGAAGAACUGCCCUUUCGUAGACAACAUCUGCGCCUACGCAAACAGUGACCAGUCGUACGUGAUUGGCUUUGUGGUGCCCAAUCAGAAGCAGUUAAUGGCGCUGGCGGAGCAGCGAGGGUUACGGGGCAGCUGGGAGGAGAUCUGUAACAACCCUGACAUGGAGAGAGACGUUCUCCACAUCAUCACAGAGGCCGCUCUGUCAGCCAAACUGGAGCGCUUUGAGAUUCCGAGGAAGAUCCGUCUGAGUGCAGAGCCUUGGACACCGGAGACUGGCCUGGUGACUGACGCAUUCAAACUCAAACGCAAGGAGCUCAAAUCACACUAUCAGGAAGACAUCGAGAGAAUGUACGGUGGCAAGUAACACACACACACACAGGCAUACGCAAGGAAUCUAACAAGCGCUAUCUAGAUGACAUGAAAACUGGAGAGAAUGUACGGCGGCAAGUUACACACAAACAGACACAGCCCCCCCCCCCCCCCCCUUCCCAAGACAAAAGACAGAGGGCCAAGCCAGUUCGAGCAUCAUCAGUUGCUUGUCUUCGUCAAAAGUUUUUCCGGGGUCUGUGUGUUGCUAUGACGAUGCUGGCAUCAUGGCGUGACUCGACCGUGACACAGAAAAUUACACGUUAAUCUUGUCCCACUCCUCCGCUCCUCUCCUACGUUUCUCCUUUCCUUCUCUCUCCUAUCCUCCAUCUAGCAUGGUCUUUGGCCUCUGAGUGUAGUCCAGACACCUGAUAGUAGAAAGGAUGUUUUUUUUGUGUGAAUGUGGCCUGGAUCGUGUUCAUUAGGCAUCAAACGGAAGAAAACUGACUGAAACAAGGAGGGACUACCUGAACUUGUCCAACAAGAAACGUUUUGCUAUGUUGUGCACUAAUGAAUUACGACUCUGAAAAAUGAGGCCCUUCGGUUUAAACGUUCCACAUCCAGGUUUGAAUCUAUGCAGGGAUCCCUUUUAUUGUAUAAAUGUUUCGGGAUGUGGUGAUGUUUCGUUGUCUUUCUUUUUUUAACGUAAUCGGUUUGUCUUGGUUCAUUUCCGAAACCUAUUCGAUGAACAUCUUAUGUCUGAGAGAAAUUAGUGUUUUGCGAAACCAUACGAUUUUUGUAACGCAACUCGCAAUUUUUAUUUGCUUUCCUUAUUUCUUGUUUUUCUCUGAAUGGUUUGUUUCUCAUUUAUCUGUUACCAAACUGACAUUUCCCUCGUCUGCCUCUAGGUCCUGAAGGUUGCUUCUAUUCUAUGGAAGAGUAUGUGUUUACUGACUUGACUAGAUUAAGUCCUAUGUCACUUUGUUACAGUGUGCCAGUGAUGGAAUCUCCUCCCUGCUCUGUGCCCCUGUGUGUGGCUACGGGCUGAUAUGAUGUGCCUGGGUUGGCUGGUGGAACCUGUUUCUCGUAAUGUAGCCUGAUCCUGGAUCGUUUUUUACUUUAGCCACCUCCUCUUGACUAUUUGUGAGAUGUCAUGAGUUGACCCAGGCAAGAAAUGAUCUGGGACCAGGUAAGUAAUGAUGGUGUCCGGGGGGGGGGGGGGGGCUACGGGGAAGUAGGAUGCAGUUGCCCCGUAAAGCUGAUCGAAGUUUAGUUUCUCUUCCCUGUGGUUGAGGCUAAGAUGGGGAGAGGACAAGCUGAUCCUUGAUCUGUGCCUAAAGGGCAACUUCUCAGCACGUGACACCAAUCCUACUGAGACCCUUAUUCAUUUCUACUCUGUCACUUAACCAGUAGGAGGCCGUCUCUGCCACUGGUUCAUCUUUGAAACAUAAUCUGUAUAGUAAUGUCCAAAUUUACAGGGGUGUGUAUGUGUGAUUUGUGCUGAUGUUUGGGUGUGUGUGUGUGCGUGCGUGCGUUCUCUGACCCUGAGCUUGUUCCCUAUGUCUCUGUGAAGCCCGCUGCAUGCCCACCCCACCUGACCUGUAGAAGUCUUUUACCUUUCAAUGUUUCCUCCAGCAAAACGAUGUUACAUACAGUGUCCUGCUAAACCAGGUCUGUGGCUCCAUAAACCAUGUUAUCACCAGGACGAUCUGGUUCCGUAAAACCACGUAGAUUGUCUUUAUCGACAUGGGCCUAAACCUGCCGUUUUUACUCCAUAAAAUGAUGACCCGUGUACUGCAUGGAUGUCUCCUAAGAGAGCCAAUGGCUCCCAGUCCAGAUCUGUAGCCGUUUGCCUUUUUUAGUUGCUCUUCGGCAGACUGUGUGUUUGUGUCAUCCAACGGUAGUCCCAUCUACCCUGAUAUCCCUGUUCGUAUUACAGGAAUGCAUUGUCCUAUUUCUUUGUCAUAGCUCUAGUUACUGUUGCUAUUAUUGAUGAAAUAUGAAAUGCAGAUUGAAUGUGCAAUAUUUAUACGAAAUACAAAUUCUAAAACCUAAAGUAUGUAAAGGAAAAAUGCACAGAGAGAGCGAGCCCCUUCACAGUGUAUGAAUGUGUGGGUGCGGGCCCGUCUCUUUCCAAUUAAAUGUACAAAGAAAACCUAGAGGACAGGCGGACGGACAGAAAACAUUGUUGUAGAAGUAGUAACAUAUAGCCUCUUUAUGGUGUGAUAUUAGUGCCAACAGAAAUGUAAUCUGAAUUCAAUCAUCUUGAAUUCAUUCAGAUUUGAUGGCAGUAAUAUGACUCUAUACUUAUUUUUCUGUAUUGUGAAAGUACUGUACCAAUUAUAGUAAUGAAGACUAAUAUUUUGGCCUUGUAAAAGAAAAAUACAAUGGUGACGAUUAAGGCACUACAGGUGAACAGAUUUAUGUCUCCAGGAAGUUAUUUGGGUUGCAUGAUUCCUUGUGAAUGCACUAUAUACAUUUGUGACGUAUAAUGUAUUCAGAAAUAAAAUCCAAGAUGAAAAGUAAUUUGGGCAAUUCCAUACGAGAUUUGCCCAAAGAUAUGUAAACCUUGGAAAGGUACUUUGGGUUAAGGAGGUUUGGCAUACCUUUUCAAAGUUGAAAUCAUUGUAUUAAAAGUUGGAGAGUUCAUGAUAUUUUUGCUUUGCCCAGGCCUUUUGAUGAUAUGACCCAUUUUCUACAUUAAUUGACGUUAGAGGACAUAACCAACUGCAAAUCACCAGCAGAGGGAGUUCUGAGUCCGUUCCCACGUGAACUGUGUUGUAGAUGCUCCAAAAAUAGAUCAUCAUUUCAAAAGUAGCAGAGCGACCACUCUGGAAAUGUUAUGUACUUGUAGAGUAUAUUGUUUUUAAACCAUUUCCAAUACCGAACGAAAUUCAAAAGGGGACUUUUUGCGACAUUUACGAUAAGGCCCGGGUAAGGCCAAAAUUUCACACAUUUCCCAACUUUCAAACAAGUUAUUUCUCAAUAAUUAUUGUGGGUAGAGAUGUCAAUGGUAUUCCAGACAAAAUGAAGUUAUUAUUGAUUUCAUUUCAGGAAGAUUAAAAGCAUCAUAAAUAUCUCUGGGCCAAUCUCGUUUGGAAUUCCACAUACAUUAUAGGCUGCCAUAUAUGUAUUGUCUGCAAAUGAAUUAGUGUGUAUGAGCAAUGUACAGUAUAUACCGUAGAAGAAGAGCUUGGAUAUUUAGCACAAGGGAUAUUUCAGCAUUUGAAAAGGACCCUCGGUUUUGGGAAGUAGUCCAAAACACUGAUGAUGUUACGAAUGAGGAACCCAGGUGCAGGCUGGUUCCCGUUCUUCUUACAGUUCCUGAUAUUUCAUUGGUUCUUUGUAUUCAAUUCCCAACCAAUGUCUGUCCAGUCUGCUGCUUUGCUAUCCCAUACCAGGCCACAAUUGGUUAAGAAGAUUUGUUCAUAGGAAUAUACAAAGUGCUGUAUCUUGAGUGUUUCUCUGAGGUUCUACACACAUACAUAUACAUACAUACAUACACUAGCAUUCAAAGGUUUGGGGUCACUGAGAAAUUUCCUUGUUUUUGAAAGAAAAGCAAAAGAUUUUGUUCAUUAAAAUAACAAAUUGAUCAGAAAUACAGUGUAGACAUAGUUAAUGUUGUAAAUGACUAUUGUAGCUGGAAACGGCUGAUUUUUUCAAAUGGAAUAUCUACAUAGCCGUACAGAGGCCCAUUAUCAGCAACCAUCACUCCUGUGUUACAAUGACAUGUUGUGUUAGCUAAUCCAAGUUUAUCGUUUUAAAAGGCUAAUUGAUCAUUAGAAAACCCUAGAAGGCCAGCAUCCCAGAGUCGCCUUUUCACUGUUGAUGUUGAGAUUGGUGUUUUGCAGGUACUAUUUAAUGAAGCUGCCAGUUCAGGACUUGUCAGGCAUCUGUUUCUCAAACUAGACACUCUAAUGUACUUGUCCUCUUGCUCAGUUGAGCACCGGGGCCUCCCAUUCCUCCUUCUAUUAUUCUGGUUAGUGCCAGUUUGCGCUGUUCUGUGAAGGGAGUAGUACACAGCGUUGUACAAGAUCUUCAGUUUGUUGGCAAUUUCUCGCAUGGAAUAACCUUCAUUUCUCAGAACAAGAAUGGACUGAUGAGUUUCAGAAGAAAGGUCUUUGUUUCUUGCCUUUUUGAGCCUGUAAUCAAAUGCACAAAUGCUGAUGCUCCAGAUACUCAACUAGUCUAAAAAGGUCAGUUUUAUUGCUUCUUUAACAGUUUUCAUCUGUGCUAAAAUAAUUACAAAAGGGUUUUCUAAUGAUCAAUUAGCCUUUUAAAAUGAUAAACUUGGAAUAGCUAACACAACAUGCCAUUGGAACACAGAAGUGAUGGUUGCUGAUAAUGGGCCUCUGUACGCCAAUGUAGAUAUUUCAUAAAAAAUCUGCGGUUUCCAGCUACAAUAGUCAUUUACAACAUCAACAAUGUCUACACUGUAUUUCUGGUCAAUUUUAUGUUUUUUGGACAAAAAAUUUGCUUUUCUUUCAAAAACAAGGACAUUUCUAAGUGACCCCAAACUUUUGAACGGUAGUGUAGGUACAUACCUACCUACAUACAUACACACAUACAUACAUACAUUACAUGUCUUAGUAGUGAAGUCAUCCACUUUAACUACUGAUGUACCUAAAGACAAGGAACAAAGUUUGGUGUACAGAUUAAUUUGACCUCUCGCAUUGUUUCUCAUAGUAAAUACGUUGGAAGGGGAGGUGUUAAUAUGAUCAAAUUUCCUAAAGAUAUACCAGUUGUGCAGGUGUAAAACCUCAUUUAAACCUAUUUGGUCUUUGUUGUUCACCAGUUUUUUGGGGUGGGUCUUUUUCCUUCUGGUUUAGCGUGGGUUACUGGCCUUGUGACAUCAUGGGCUAUUUGCAAAUGUUUCCUUCCUUAUUUAUUUGUAAUUUGGCCUUGGAAAAUUGUCAUGAAAAUAAAAGUUGUGAUUGGUCUAAAAAUGCC